AUGACUAUACAGCCCAAUACCCUAGCACAACAUCCCAAACAGCAUAAGCAACAACCCCAACGACAACAAACUAACCAAGUUGAACAGCCACAUGUUAUUCCAACUUCAAUCCAAACGGCUUUGCUGAAACAACAGGACCGAAUUUACUUGUUACAUUUAGAGCAAGAGUUGAUAAAGUUCAUAGAGUCGGUUUCUAAGGACCUUACUGCUUCUUAUGCUAUUCCUGCGUCAUACCUCAAAAAUUCAUACUAUAGGUUAUUAUCACAUCAAUUAUGUCAAUACUAUAAAUUAUCUCAUUGGAAUAAUAAGGCCACAAAUGAAAUUACGGUUACUAUGGUAGAAGGGGUCGACUAUACGUUUAUAAAUACAAGUAUUUUUGUAAGGUUGAAUAAAGCUGUUGCGGAAGUCGAAGAGCAACAGCAGCAACAACAACAGCAACAGCAGCAGCAGCAGCAGCAACAACAACAACAACAGGAACAAACAGAUGCAACGGAACCACCUAUACAGCCUCUAAUGAAACCUAAAUUGAUAGUUAAAAAGAAGAAGGAAGUCUCAGUUCCUACUAGUGCAACAUCGGAAAAUUCCGAAACAUCAAGAGACAAUUCAUUUAUUCAAGAUACUGCUUCAAGCACCCCAACUUCUAUAAACGAAUCAGUCAAUAAUAUUGAAUCAGAAAGAGCAUCAAAAGAAGCACUUUACAUGAAAUUACGUCAAGAAAUAUUUCAAAAUGAAGAUGAUCAAGAGGAAGAGGAGGAGGAGGAAGAACAAGAAGAGGAUGAAGACAGAGAUAUAGAUAACCAAUCAUUUUCCAGAUCCCCAUUCAAUAAUAACAACAUUUAUGGGCAACAGAUACCCAUGCAAAUGUAUCCAAACGGAUAUUAUCCGACACCAAUAGUUUAUCCAGGAUAUUCAGCAUAUCCUCAAUAUCCUCAAUAUGUUACCCCAAUGCCUACCACUUCAAAUAUACCUGCAACACCACCAUAUCCCAACUUUCCUAUGUAUAACCCAUCACUUGUACAACCUUCUGCACCUCUUCCAUACGAUAAAGAAACCGAACGAAGGCUAUUGAACAAUCCUUAUAUUAUAAUACCAGAUAAUAACCACCGACAAAAGAGUGGUCAUAAGAGAUAUUACAAGAAAAACAAUACCAAUGGAUAUUCAAAGGGAACUAAUGGACAGACGAACGCUAGGUCGUCAACCAACAACUAUUAA